AUGGCAGAGGAUGACGGUGGAGACGAGCCGCCGCCACUGCCUGCGGAGCCGCCGCCCGCAGGCAACUUCUCCGCCAUUGGCCACACCCCGGAAAGCAUUGCCAGGCUACCGGAGAAGUUGAGACAGCGCUUGCUCCAGCGGGGCAUCCUCAAAGCCGCCGACCUGAAGCAAACCGCGCCAGAGCCAGCGGUCACCGCCCCGCCUGCCAUGGGCGUCCAGGCGACAGCCAGAGCCUUGGAUCUGCCGCCGAUGCCCUCUUUUACCCCUAUGGAUUUGGCCGCGGCGCAAUCCGCAGCGGCUGCGGCUGCAGCUCGCAUCGAUGCGGACUGGGCCACGGUGAUGGCACCGCCAAUGCCCGCAGCCGUUCAGACGAGACCUCAGCAGGUCUACGCCUCGGCUCCUGUCCUACGGACGGAGCUCAAACGGCCAGCGCCUUCCUCCGAGCCAGAAGCGAAGCGGCAGAUGCUGCAGGCCGCAUCUUCGGCUGUGCCCUCGGAGGCUCCUGCGGCUCCCCAGCCUCCACCGGAGCCGGCUCCGCCUCCGCCGGGGCCUCCGCCAGGGCCUCCACUGCCCCCGGGCUGGGUGCGAGUCCCACAUGAGGGCGAGUUCUACUUCUGGAACAUGAACACCAACGAAGUGUCCUGGGAAGACCCGUCCCUCGUUCAGGAGAAGAAAGGUCCGGCGAAGAAGGAGAAGGAGCCCAAGUUUAAGGAAGAGCACAGGGUGCUCUGGACGGACCUUGGGAAGAUCAUCGGGAGGCAGGGGAUGAACUUGAAGAUCAUCAAGGCAUCGAUCGGCUGCGAGAUCCAGGUGCCGAGGCAAGAGAAGGUGUUUGCCUCUUUUGGCUCUGUGCGGGCGUAG